GAGUGGACAAUAAGAACUAAACCGAAGCAACGACUUUGAAUAGUCAAGCGAAAAGGAGCCAAAUUCUCUAAUAAAUAAGUGAAGAUUCAUCGCCAAGUAUCAUCAGCAAACCUAAAGCUAAAAGUGCCUCUGCAUCAAUGGCGAUUUCCAAGCUCCAUCUAGUACUCUUUCUUCUCUCAGUCUUUCUCUCUCUUCAUCGUCCUGUUCUUUCCAACACCGAUGGAGAAAACCUUCUAUUUACAGUAUUCAACCAAUACAGAGAAUCAGUAAACCUCACAAACCUAAAAAAGAACAAAAACGCAGAAUGUCUAGCAGACGAAGUCGUAGACCAAUUACAGAACCAACCCUGCACAAACACCACUGGCUCAGCUUCAGUCCCUGGAACAGAUCCUGGAAUCCCAAAUUUCCCUAACCUCCUCGCUAAAUGCCGCCUCAACACAAACGUAACCAGAGACGGUUUGAUAUUGCAAGUUUGUGCUCCUAAGCAUCAUUCGACCCCUGACUUGAGCAGUUUCGCCAAUGUCUUAACAAAGAACCUGAAUGAUUCUAAGUUCACUGGAGCUGGAGUUGGUAUUGAUUCUGAUGGUAUUUGGCUUGUUACCGUCCUCACUACAAACACACCAGGGGGUAGCUAUUCUAACUCAGGAGCUUUUGCAUUCGGAGUUAAUGGCCUUGUUUCUUCAAGUUUGAUGUUUCUUCAUGUUUUGAGUCACAACUCGUUGUCUUUGUUUUCUUAAUAUGACGUGAUUAUGGUGAAAUUUUUAAUAAAUUCGUGUGGCAAUCAAUUAAAGAGAGAAUAACAAUAUAUUAAUUGGAGCAAAUCGCCUUUCUUAUAAAGUUUCCUCUUACCAAGUGUGUGUGAGUUGAGUAAAUAAGAAAACCCUUUUAUAAGCCCGCAAAACCCAUACAAACAGGAAUGAACCGCCAAUGUCCCUAAGAAUAUGGACUCCUAGCAGCUAAACGUGCCUAGUCAAGCCCCGUGGAGCCGCGUAGGCAGAGAGGGGGAGAUAAAAGAGAAGAGGAGAGUGUUGCAUGGAAUUACAUUUUAGUUGAUUUUUGGAAGGAUUUGGUCCACCCUGUCUUCAUCAAGUCACAUACACCACCAGUUAUCAUUUUGUAUUCAUAAUUUUAAGAAAUUGAUCUUUUGUCUUGAUCUGUCUUGCAAUGACAUAUCCUACUGGAGACUUGUAUCAGGAAAAUUCAAAAUUGCCGGAGAAAAUAGUGUUAAGCUUUUUUUAUUUAUGAUAUAUAGAUAUACUUUCCCAAUUUAGAAUCUUCUUGUCGUCUCAUGCCAUGCAAGUAUAAUUGAUGAAUAUGGUGUAAGAAAAAAAAGAGUUAAAACUUAAAAGUCUUUGCUGAAUUUAUUUGUAUUUCUGAAAAAAUAAAUAAACG